AUGUCAGAAUACGACGAUAUUCUCAAUACCCUCGACGACAACUACUACUCCAUAGACGGAGAUGAUCUCUCCCCUUCCCUCCAACCCUGGUCCAACUCCACCGACAUUGAAGAACUCGACCUUGAAAGCCUAAACCUAUCCUCCGAUUCAUCAUGGGUCGACCCUCUAGAGUCCGCCAUAACCGCAACCCGCAACGGUUCAGCUCCAGUCCUCAGCACUCUCUCCCAGUUCACCACCAUCCUCUCUCAAACUGGUAUCCACGGCCCCCGUCUCCUGAAAGCAGUAAACCUCUCCGCCCGGGCGACCAAGAUCGGUUCCGGUGCGCAGUUCACCGUCUUCAAAGACCCCGUCUUCGAAGGAGAAGUCAUCAAGCGUGUUAAUAUCCCGCUAUCAAGUCGAGCUGAACAACGUUUCGCAGCGAGCACGGACUAUCGCCUCCAGUUGAAGACGUUGGAGCUUGAGCUUCUAUCGCUAUGCAACCCAGUUCUACGCGCGCAUCCCAACAUUACCAGUCUUCUAGCCUGGGGUUUCGAUUUCCCCUUUGCGGAUCUCGCUGUUCCGGUGUUGUUCAUGGAAGCGGCGAUCAUGCCUUUGGGCGAUUUUCUUCUCGCUGCUGAGCAAAGGGACGUGGGAGUGAGAUACCAGCUUGCAUUAGGUGUAGCGAAUGGGUUGGAAGCCUUACACAAUCUCAAGAUUGUGCAUGGAGAUGUCAAGCCGGAUAAUGUGCUUGUCUUUGCUGGUCCGAGUGAUAACAUGCCUUUCCAGGCUAAGCUGAGUGAUUUUGGGGUUUGUGUUGAUCUAGAGACUCCCGAGGGGAGAUUUACAUUGGAUGAUUACCGGGGGACGCCGGCUUGGUUAGCACCUGAGGUGUUGAAUGGGGAUGUCUCAAGAUUUGGAGGGUUCUCGCCGGAGUUGAUGUUCAGGUUUGACGCGUAUAGCUUCGGGAUGGUGCUAUUGUCGAUUUUUACGAAGGAUGGAGAUGCUCCUGUUCUGGAUAGCGACUUCGACAAGAUCUCUGAUCAGAUUUCCACAUCAUUCAACGAUCGGAAGGAUAUACCCUCCUCUAUACGCAUGCAACUGCGCAAUGCAGUACUGAGCCUACUAUCCGAGGAUCCUCGAGCCCGACCACUUCCAAGUUCAGCUCUUCUCAAAACAGAUACGCCAGCAUACGCAUCUUGGCUUUCCUCAAUCCAAUCAAACUCUACGACGACUCAUGUUGGCAUCAUUGACCCAAUCUACAACAAAGGCCCGCUCUUCUGGUACCGACUGGACGAGAGCAUCCGCACAGAGCUCGAAGAACAACACGCGCUCAGCAAGGAAGGCAAUGCCCCUCCAUUUGCAGGGGAUGUUCUCUUUGGAAUAGCGCAGACAAUCACCGGACAGAAGCCAGCCUAUCUUGAUCGUAUGUUGAGCUAUCUAGGCGAUGCAGCAAAAGCGGGUCACUCGCCUGCCCGAGCUGUGUAUAUGCAGAUUAUGGAAGCACAUGGUCAAACACUAGAGUUUACUCAGGAUGUCUUGGAUGAGUGGAUGCUGCAGGCUGUUUCUGAGGGGUAUUUCUUUGCGAAACCUGGCCGGCUUGUCAAGAGGAUGGAAGAGGCGAAAGACCAGUUUAGGAUUCAUGGGGGGUUCUGUUCGGAUGCAUUCUUGGGGAAGAACGAUGUUAAAGCUGCAAUCACCCGGAACAAGGUGUUAGAGUGGAAGAGGAAGAGUGGUGAUGUCGUUGACCGCAAAGGCAACACGAUAUUGCAUGCUGCUGCUGCUUUUGGGUCUGUUGAUGCGGUGCAGAGCUUACUGGAUGCGCAAAUGGAAGUGGACGUGGAGAAUGAGAAUGCCGAGACGCCAUUGUACAAGGCAUUUCAGGCAGGCCAUGCGAAUGUGAUAGAGGUCCUGCUUGACCAUGGAGCAAGUGCAUCCCGCACAACCCGGCAGAAGAUCACUCCUCUGCAUUGGCUGUUUAUGGUUCCCGAAGCUUCAAUCCACCAAAUUGCAAAACGGAUGAUUGAGAAAGGAGCAAAUGUGAACGCGGUCAUGGAGCCUGUGGUCAAGGAGAAUAGCGGUGGAUUCCCAGAGAAGAUCCAGAUCCUUCAUUAUCCGUUUGAACUUCCUCACGGCACACCAUCCCAUUGGGCAUGCUUCUUCCGCAAUAUGACAGCCAUGGACGCUCUCAUCUCGCUCGGUGCCAACGUCAAUGCAGUAUACCAUGGCCAAGAUUCAUCAACAACUCCACUUGCGUUAGCAGCAUACUUUGGAGAGACGACUAUAGCCAAAUAUCUGAUAUCACACGGCGCAGAUGGUACUCUGUUCGACUCGAUGAAACGAAACACCUUGCACGGUAUCACCAAAUACUUCCCCGAUCGACAUGGCUACCUGCCCCAUCACUGGCAUUAUUGGAUCCGCCACGGGACUUGGGAGAACCAUCUGGCACAAAUGAUAGAUUUAGUCAAAGCCUUGGUCAAAGCUGGAGCAGACAUAAAUGCCAAAGACAAGGGAUAUCCUUCUCUGACACCCAUCGCAGCAGCCGCCGAUGCAGGAGUCUGGGAUGGCGGUAUGAUAUGUGCAUUGCUGGACUCAGGAGCUGAUCUGAGUGAAUCGAUCCUGUCAGCUGGGAAUACAGUUCUACAUUCAUGGGUGUCCAUCAUCGGACCGCGUCUGGACUAUCCAGAUUCAUACAUCCCGACUCUACAGAAAAUAGUCAACGCCAUGCCAAAUAUCGACAUCAUCAACCGCUUCGAAGAAGAAACUCCACUCCAUCUAUUAUCGACAAUUUACCACCCGGAAGAUGAAUUCGAAACCGCAUGCAAUGCCCUCCUCGAUCACUCCCUUCCAGCAAAUAUGAACGCAAAAACACGCCGAGGCGAAACCCCCUUGUCAAUAGCCCUAGAAACAAACCUCAAUCCCAUCCGGCGAGGCCGCUUUCUCCUGGAAAAGGGCGCUGACCCUCUCAUACUGAAAGACCAAGGACGAGACAUCUUCUAUUCAAUCGCCAACAACGUCGUCCUAACCGACCAAGACAGCCACGACCUAAUCCAACACUUCCUUCUCCACCUCAACCCAAACAUCCAACAAGCCUACAAAACGCACUACCUCCCCAACCCAAACAGCAACGCAACCCUCUUCGCAGCCGCAUCCCGCGGCAAACCACAAACAACAUCCCUCCUCCUCACCCUCGGCCUCAUAAAAUCCAUCAAUAACCCCUCCAACCCCAAAUCCAACUCCACUUCCAAAUCCGAACGCUUGACACCCCUCGACCAAGCCCUCCACUCUGCAGAACUAACUCGUCGCGCACACAUGCGCAGAUUGGCAUCAUACAAAGCCGGCAUAGCACGUACCAAAGCCCUCGAGGCGGAUCUGGUCUAUGAUGAGAAUCAAGGAUGA